UAAACACGUGUCUUUACUUUUUUCACACCGUACAUCAUGGGCUUUACCCUAUGUAAGCGGUUAUUUUCUUGCUCAAAUGACAAGAACAGAUUUUUCUAAAUCCAUAGAUGCAUUCUUGAAAGAAAUCUUGAGUGCACAAACAUCAUUGGAGAGCUUCUUUGAGCAGGUUGGUAUUGCCGCAAACAAUGUCAGACAAAGAGAGGAAAAGGAAACUGGACAGAUUCUUAUGAAGACUUCGAUGCCAAUUGAAGAACAUGCAUCAAGUAUUCUUACACCGUUUGCCUUCAGAAUGCUGCAAACUGAAGUUGUUUUAUCUAUGCAGUGUGCAGCAUUUGAAACUUCCAAUGGUGUGUAUCUUGUGCGGCAUCACAAAAAUGUCGAUGAAGGUUGUCUUGUGAGUUGGAUACCGAAAGAUGAAAAGGUUAACUGCAGUUGCAAGGAAUUUGAAUUAUCAGGAGUCUUAUGCAGACAUGCUCUAAAAGUACUUGCACUGAAAAACUAUUUCCAUGUUCCGGAGAAGUAUCUGCCAUUUAGAUGGCGCUGUGAAAGUUCUAUACUCGAAGCCAAUUCUGAAGACUGGUCUCAGACAUUUCAUUCCCUUACAUCAACUUUAUAUUCAGAAUCAUCAAUAACAAAGGAGCGUAUCAGUUAUGUUCAUGAAGAACUUUCGAGGGUUCUUAACUAAGUAAGAACAAUGCCAGCCAAUGAUGGAGUUACACUUAGUUUGGAGUGUCAACACAUGAAUACUGUAGUGGAUGAUGAUUCCAGUUGUAGUGGUUGCACCUCCACUGGGAAUCCUUUUCAAUCAGCAAUCGACGAGCAACCACUAAAGAAAACCACCGUAAGCUACUAAUGAAGU